CUUCCAACUCCCCCCAACUCCCGCGCGAGGCAGUUUUUUUUUAAAAAAAGAAGAGGAUUCCUUCUUUCUUGUUCUCCUCCCUCCCUUCUCAUCCCCCCCUUGAAGUCCUCCGUUCUAAGUACUCUAUUAAAAAACAAAACCUAGUCUCAACUCCUUCGGAUCUCGUAUCUACCCAGUUCCGCCGAGACACUGAGGGUCUAAACCCACAUCCUGCCAACCUUGUGGGGUCCAAAGAAAGUCCAAAGAAUCCUAUUACGGUUGUUCCGAUCUUCAGUCAACCCCAACCCACUACUCUGACAAAGUCGACCGACCUUUUGGAGCUGAAGUCGUCCAGCCUUCCGCCUUCUAUCUACAGCUCCCUACCCGGGUUAUAGGUGACUUUUGAGUUUAGAUGGAGACAUACUACGGACAUGUCCGCACCCCAGCGGACGCCAUUAUUCUCUUCGAGGCUUGUCGGAUUGGCCUGCUGCCGCGAGUACAGCGUCGACUAUCAGAGAAGGAGCGACAGUCAAUUCGAUCGGGUUCCGUCUUCGUCUGGGAUGAGCGGGAAGCAGGCAUGCGACGAUGGACCGACGGCAAAUCAUGGAGUGCGAGUCGGGUGUCUGGUAGCUUCUUGACAUAUCGUGAGAUGGAAGGCAAGCGUGGUGGAGGUGCAGUGCCUCAGAGUUCAGUAUCACGACCAGGCAAGACGCCCGAGAGCCGAGGUAGCGACGAUGAUCGAGGGGACGGGACCGAUGAAGGCCCGGAUGGAUAUCGGUAUAAGCCCGAUGGUCUCAUGAAGCAAUCCUUCAGCAUCACCACUUCCACUGGCCAACACCUUCACCUGAUCAGCUACUACUCUCGCUCUCACCCGUCCGCGGCCAACCUCCAACAACCAACCACCGACCCAGCGCUUCGACAUGUUCGACCUCAGAAAGGUCUGUACCCGGAGUCAACCGUCAACGAUCAGCAGAACCUCCCGGUAGUCACUCGGGGACCGAUGCCUGGUGCUGCCGCCUACCCUAUCACGCCUCACCCCAUGGGUGGCUUCUCCCGCGCGAAUCCCGGCCACAGUCAGGCUUACACUCAACUACAUCACCCCUGGCCUCCAACCCCGUUGGCUACUCCACCGACUGUUGCAGUGCCGUAUCCCGGCGCUGCUUACCUACCACCCGUUGCUACAGCUAACGGAUCUCCGUACGGGCCCCCUCAACAUCAGCACCAGCACCAACCCCCACCUCACCUCCCACCCUCUGCCCAUGGUCUACCACCUCCCCCUCAUGGCAUGCCGAGCCAAUUUGAUCGACCGGGACAUCACGAGGCUGCACUACCCCCAGCGGGCCCCCCAUCAGCGGCAGCUCCCUAUCCAGGACGCUCGCCUCGAUCCUUACACCAACCGCCACCCGAGCAGCGAAGUCCACGGAUGUACGGACAACCAAUCUCGGAUCCGCGCAUGGCUUCACCUCGAAAUCCUCCAGGAUCGAUCUUGCAGCCCAACGGAGCAAUGCAUAGCCCACAAUUGCCGAAGCAGACCCCGCCCACUGCAGUUCGACAGCUUGGUCCUAUUGGCACUCCUCCUAAGCCUGAAUCGGGCACCGUGCCUGGUAUCGGCUCGCUCAUGAGCGGCACUUCCCUUGCCCCCAUUACGUCGGCUGGGUCUCCUGCUGGUGGGCCAGGAAGCCCGUCUGGUGCUCGGUCUUUAAUCACUGGUGAUGGCCCCCGUGAUAUCCCCAACGACAAGAUCGGGUUUGGAGGAGAAGACGUACGAGCCCUGCGCCAGUUGGACCGGGUAUUCAUUUAAAGAAGGUUAUCAAAAAACCACUGAAAGUGCCAUCAUUCACGUCAACAUGAUGGCAUACCACUUCCACCCCCCAAAAGGAGCUAUACACUUCUCCACCUCUUGCCUUCUAUCCGAUUAUCCUCGACCCUUCUUCAACCUCUUCCUGCGAUAUCCCAAAUUGAGUAAUCGCACACUAGACUGGAUUAGUCUAUACUUUACGGAGCCAGGCGUUCUUAUUUCAUGUGAUAUCCACCUAUGUUUUUGCUGGGUUUUCAUUUAUCAUGCUGGUCAUUCUUAGCAUUCUUUCUCCUGCAUGGGUCGGGAGGUGGCUUAUCUGCAUCUGGUAUUAUAUUCUUGUGAAUUAUACAUUUUUUUUUUCAACCUUGUCGUGUCAUGAACUGGUCUUGGCUCACGGGUAUACGGGCCUUGUCAUACAUAUCGUUAUGCAUUGGGAUCGGAUCAGUCUACACGGAUGGGACUUGGUUUUGGGCUUCGGGAUCUUAUCUAGUCUAUUCAAUGGACUUGACUUUCUAUA